GAGAUGGAAAAAAAGAGAGCUGCAGUUUAUUCAAGUCUGCUCUAAAUGUUAGAAACAUUUGAAAACAAGGAAGCAUUCUGUGAAAAGAGUGCCUAGACAGGUCUUACGCCGAUUUUAAUUAAUUGCAGUGUUUUGGCAUAGUUUGGGGUAUUCUUCAGUGCCUGCGUUUAACCUUUGGGAUUUAUUUAGCCUACGGGGUCACCUCAUACGGUGCGGCAGCUGUUACUUAAAAAAUAAAUCCAAGAUAAUUUGGGAAGUGAAGCAUUUUCAGUUCUGCUUCAUGCUGGACGGAGUGGAGCAAUCUCUACCUUUCUCUGCUUAAGUGUAGUUUCUUCCCCCCUCCCAAAAAAAAAAGGCUUCUUUUCCUAAUAGGGUUGCCGAUAACUAGGAUAAAUGUUUAAAAAAGGUAUAGUUAUGUUUUUUUCAUUUUGGUUUCUGCUGUGUGGCUUCUGUUUUACCAACACCAUAGCAGUUCCUGCUCGUCUGGAGACUGGGUAUGUGAUACCCAUUGAAAUCAACACUCUGACCAGAGAGUUCAAUGUCCCUGAGUUAGAGGAGGAUGACUACACUGAACUUGAGGACUAUGAUGAUGAAGAGGAUACCUUUGGCUUUCCUGAGGAUGCAUUUGUAAAUAAGGAACAAUUUGCCACUCGUAAAACUUCAAAUUCCAUACGUAAAAAAUUCAAGGGCAAGUCUCGGAUCCAACGACUGGCUUUGGUCAACACUGAUUUUGCCUUCAAUUUCUACAGGGCCUUGCUGAAGUCCCAGUCAAGUGACAAGAACGUGGUCUUCUCUCCAUUUGGACUCUCCAGUCUGAUGGCGAUGGUCAUGGUGGGGGCUGGUAACAGGACCCAGCAGCAGAUCUCCCGAGCUCUUGGCUUCGAUCAGUUUGUCAAUAUCAGGCCAGGGACGGGUGACGAGGUCCUGCACGACGUCUUCCACAAGCUCAUCCACAGGCUCUUCCGACAUGACUUUGGAUACACACUUAAAGAUUUCUCUGGCAUCUACGUCAGAGAAGGUCUGGAGAUCAGGAAGACGUUCAAGGAGUGGCUAAGACAGUACUAUGGGGUGCACGCACGCUCUGUGGAUUUCUCGGAACCCCAACUUGUCACCAAAUUCAACCAACUCAUCUUAAGGGCCACCAAAGGGAAACUCCAGGCCGUGGUGGAGGACAUUGACCCACAGACUGUAAUGCUCGUCUUCCAGGCACUCCAUUUCAAAGGCCUGUGGGAGCACAAGUUUAUCAAACGAAAGACUGCCAUGCUCCAGUUCCACACCAGCAGGACAGCGGCAGUGAAGGUGCCGAUGAUGUACGUCAGGGCCACUGUGCUGGCUGCCACGGAUCAUGUCUACGCCUGCGAUGUCAUCAGCCUGCCGUACAGCACCAAUGCCAGCAUGCUGGUUGUGGUUCCCCACAGAACCUCCGGCCUGAGGCACAUUGAGAGAGCCCUCAGCUGGGAAAUGGUCGACGACUGGCUCAAGGACAUGACAAACAGGACAAGAGAGGUCUAUAUUCCAAAGUUCAUUCUCCAAGGUGACUAUGAUUUAAUUGAAGUCUUCCAAGACCUGGGUGUGAUAGAUCUCUUCCAGAAUCAAGCUGAUUUGUCUGGUAUAUGUGAAGAGGGAAAUCUCCACAUUAGCACGAUGAAGCAACGCGUUGCACUGAACGUGGAUGAAGAUGGAAGUGAAGCAGCUGCCGCCUCCCUUUCUGGGUUCAUGCCCCUUUCCGCACAGGCCAAGUUCAUGGCUGACCGCCCCUUCCUGUUUCUCAUCCUGGAGCAUCACACCAGGUCGCUGCUUUUCAUGGGAAGAGUGGUGAACCCUUUGAACCAAUAAACGGAGGCAGCCGGAGUUCCAGCAGGUGUACUAGCGCACUACUAUGUCAAACAGAUUGCCAAAUUAAACCUAAUUGUUCACAGUCUGUCAUUCAUUCUUAAAGCCUGUAUUUGGUUUAAUGUUCAGAUGUUAUCUAUUACUUUCCAGACCUUUCAUUAAAUACCCUGCCGCAUUCACACUUGAGCACCUUUGCUCCAUCUGCAAAAAGAGGAAUUUCCCGAUGGGCAACCAUUUAAAUUCCGAUCCCCAUUCCUGUUCUAACACGUCAGUUCGUGGCCUCCUCUUCUGCCGUGCUGAGGCCACCCUCAGGGUGGAGGAGGAAUGCCUCAUGUCUGCUCAGGAAGCAUCCAACCUAAUAGCAAGAACAUUGAUUUCUCCAGCUUCUGGUAAUUUUUCCCCUCUCCCUUCCCUCUUCUUCUAUUCCUCACUCUGGCCCUUUACCUCUUCUCCCCUCCUCCCUAUCACCUCUCGCUGGUGCCCCUCCUCUUUCCUUUUCUCCCAUGGUCCACUCUCCUCUCUUAUCAGAUUCCUUCUUCUCCAGUCCUCUUCCACCUAUUAUCUCCCAGAUUCUCACUUCAUCCACCACUCCUCCACCCACCUGGCUUCACCGAUCAUCUUCUAUCUUGUCCCCCUUUCCCUCCCCCUACUUUCUAAAUCUGGCAUCUUCCCCCUUUCUUUCAAAUCCUGACAAAGGGUCUCGGCCUGAAAUGCUGUUUAUUCAUCUCCAUAGAUACUGCUUGACCUGCUGAGUUCCUCCAGCAUUUAUUAUGUGUUGCUUUUACAUAGAGUAGUUGUGAAUGGGAAUUAAACCAGUAUCUGGGCACUGCUGGCAGGACAAUGCAGAUGUUUAAUUACGCUGUUGAAUGAGUCUAAGCUCUCUGUUUGAUUGCCUUCAAAUAUUAAUCCUUUUUAAAAAUUUUGCAGAGUUUUUCUAUGGUUU